UCAGUGACCUGGCUUGUUGCGCCCCAACCAAUCGGUUGUCGUGCAGCUUGCCAUGUGAUGGGCAGUAUUUCGAUGUUGAGUGCUUCCACAACUGCCAGAAAUCUUAUCAUGUCCAAGUCAUCAGGCUGUGAUUCGGCGGAGGUCAGGGCACUCUCUGAUAAGAAUCUAUGGUUGAGCAAAGUCGACUGGGUUAACAUCUUACUGUGUGGCUUUCAAAGGUCGAUUGAAUGGAGAGUUUAUCUUCUAAUACAAUAG